AUGAGACUUCAUCACUGUCCGCAAAUAUCACGCUCGCUAAUUGGCCACGUCAUCAAUCCUCAUGAAUUGGUGCUUACGUGUCAAUACCUGAUUCGAUCCCGAAACCCGAGAAAACGGCUCCUCCCGUUCCGUUUAUUCCCUCCCAAAACCGAUUUCGAUUCUCACACUCACUCCCUUUGCUCUCAAAAACCCUUCUUCUUCUUCUUCUUCUUCAAAAAUCACUCGCAUUUCGUUUUUCUUCGCGUAAAAGCUGAAUCAGCCUACUUGUUUGCUAUGUUCCGCAAUCGUAGCAGUCAGUUUGGUGAUCAAGAAACAAAGUGUAAUUUGUUACUCAACGAACUUCAGGUAAUAUGGGAUGAACUUGGGGAGACUGAUUCUCAGAGGGAUGCUAUGUUGCUCGAAAUAGAACACAAGUGCCUGGACUUGUAUGGAAAAAUUGUGGAUGAAGCGAAACAGUAUAGAGCGAAACUUCAGAAAGAAAUUGCUGAUUAUGAAGUAGAAAUUGCCGGCAUCUGCGCUGCAAUGGGUGAACAGCCACUUCAUUUUGAGACUAAGUCUUGUGAAAGCUUGAAGAAAAGACGCGAAGCUGUUAUUUCACAACUUGAGGAGAUGCGCAAGUUGAAAACCGAAAGGAUGAAACAAUUUUUUGAAGUUUUAAAUCAGUUGCAGAAGAUUUCUAGUGAGCUCUAUGGCAGUGUGGGGGUUAAUGCAUAUAUAGAUGAGAACAACUUGUCUUUGAAAAAACUACAAGAAUUACACAGGCAGUUACUUCAACUUCAAAAUGAAAAGACCAGUCGACUGAAGCAGAUAUCUGACCUUUUGGACACUCUUAGUUCAUUGUGCUCAGUCCUUGGCAUGGAUGUGAAAGAAUUAUUUUUUGAGAUUUGUCCCACUAUGGCUAAUUCCACUGGUACACAAGAUGUUAGUGAUCAUACCAUAAAGAAAUUGACUUCUAAAGUUCAAACUUUGAGAGAGGUUAAAAUACAGAGAAUGCAGAAGCUUCAAACCCUUGCAACUGCACUGUUAGAGAUGUGGAAUUUGAUGGAUACACCACUUGAGGAACAGCAGAAAUUUCACAACGUGACCAGUAAAAUUGCUGCUUUGGAGUCUGAAUUUACUGAGCCUAACAUGCUCUCAAUUGAUAACGUCAUCUACGUUGAGACUGAAGUGGGAAGGCUUGAACAACUUAAAUCAACCAAAAUCAAAGAACUUUUACUGAGAAGGAAGUUGGAAUUAGAGGAAAUCUGCAGAAGUACACAUCUCACUACACAAACAGUUUUUCCACACGAACAUUCAAUUGAACUUUUAGAAUCUGAAUCUGUCAACCAUGAAAAUCUGUUAGAGAAAAUUGAGCACCAAAUUGCAAAGACAAAAGAAGAAGCUCUUAGCAGGAAAGAAAUCCUUGAAAAGGUUGAGAAGUGGUUGGCUGCUAGUCAAGAAGAAAGCUGGCUGGAGGAGUACAACAGGGAUGAUAAUCGUUACAAUGCUGGAAGAGGUGCACAUCUUGCUUUGAAACGUGCUGAGAAGGCCCGGGUUUUAUUAAGCAAAAUUCCAGGGAUGGUUGAGGCCAUAAUUGUAAAAGUUAAAGCAUGGGAGAAAGAAAGAGGACUUGAGUUUUUGUAUGAAGGAACUCGGCUCCUUUCCAUGCUUGAAGAUUACAGCACCUUAAGGCAGGAGAAAGAAAAUGAGAAACAAAGACAGAGGGAUCAAAAGAAAAUUAAGGGACAACUUAUGGCAGAGCAUGAAACACUUUACGGCUCAAAACCCAGCCCAACUAAAAGUGUGAAAAAGGCUUCUAGAUGUUCAACAAUAGGAGUUCCAAGUAGCAGAAAGUUUUCUGUUGGUGGAGCAUUGCUUCAGGAUUCAAGACAAGGUUCUCUUUUUCAGCAGUCUAAUAAAAAGGGUAACAUGUCCAGUCAGAAAGGCUCUAUCUUUCACAACAAGAAUGUUUACCAUUCAACUCAAUCCUCAGGAAAGGGCACAUCUAAAGUUUUUGGUCAUUCAAUGCACAAGACUACACGCAAUGUAGAGAAGGAACUUGAAUUUCAGUCACCAUUGACUAGGAAGCCACUCUCUCCUGUUUCUCCCAUUGUCUUGUCUAAAGCCAACAUAUCCAAUUCUCAAGAAGACCAUAGAAAAAUACAGAAUGUAGCAACACAAGCAAUAAAGCAAACAGGUCAAGUGCAAAUAGGAACUCCACCUUCAAAGCCAUUUAUUGCUGGCGAUGAAGAAAACAAGACCCCAAAGAAUAUGGGACUUCCAGUUCCAACCACCCCUCCAACUGUCUCUAUGUUCACUGCCACAACACCAGACACUGUUAGUGUAUACUCUGGUUCUCUGUCUGCUGCAAAAAGUGCUCAACUAUUUGAGUAUUCUUUUGAGGAGGUGAGAGCUGGCUUUAUCUUACCUCAGACCUGUGCUCAAUGAUUCACAGUUUGGAGUGAAAGUUCAAGCAAUACAAGAUAGCUUGUUGGCUGACAUAUUCUCUAUUCUGCAAUAACAAAAUUGCUUUUUCUUUUGUGGAAUACUGGUUUGGUGCUUCACUAAGCACAUGUUAGUUUUGGUUGAAACUUUGUUUAGCGUUAAAUCAUACAUGUUACUAUGAUGCAUAUUAACAUGUUUUUUUUUUAUAAAUCCAAAUUAAUAGGGUUGUUUUCUUUGGGCCAUGGAUUAUUUUUUUGACCUUUUGGAUGAUGGAUUGAGAGCUUGUUUGUUUUUCUCCUUUUUUCUAAACCGAAAAAAAAAAAACAAUUUCUAUUAUGAUGAUUGGAAAACAAACAAGUUCUUAGUUGAGCUAUUCUUAUUUUAUUUUUAUUCUUUCAGUUUUUCCUAUCCUAUCUCU